UCUUGAACUCUGAUUUUUUUGGGGGGGUUUUGAAUCUUUCACAGUCGGUUUUCUUCGGCCUCCUUCCCUCCCAGCCCAAGUUCCCCUGAACUGGAAAAUACGCAAAUCCAAGUUCAGAGUUACAGAGAAGAGAGAGAGAGAGAGACGCAGAGAUGGUGACGUCUCCCGUAGUGAAUACCUAUCCACUUUCGAGCUACACCUUCGGGACCAAAGAGCCCAAAAUGGAGAAAGACACUUCUGUAGCUGAUCGCCUUGCUCGGAUGAAAGUCAACUACAUGAAAGAAGGGAUGAGGACUAGCGUGGAAGCAAUUUUACUGGUUCAGGAACACAAUCAUCCCCACAUUCUUUUGCUGCAAAUAGGAAACACAUUUUGCAAACUUCCUGGUGGACGAUUGAAGCCUGGAGAGAAUGAAAUAGAGGGUUUGAAAAGGAAGCUGACCAGCAAGCUUGGUGCAAAUUCACCUACGCUUGUUCCGGACUGGCAGAUAGGUGAGUGUGUGGCAAUCUGGUGGAGGCCAAACUUUGAAACCAUAAUGUAUCCAUACUGCCCUCCCCAUAUAACAAAACCUAAGGAGUGUAAGAAGCUUUUUCUUGUUCACUUAUCUGAGAGAGAGUACUUUGCAGUUCCAAAGAACUUAAAACUUCUUGCUGUUCCAUUAUUUGAACUGUAUGAUAAUGUUCAGAGAUAUGGGCCAGUUAUAUCCACCAUUCCUCAGCAGCUUUCAAGAUUCCAAUUCAACAUGAUUACUACAUAAAUUCACAUGGCAUCGGAAGUCCCUUGACUGCUCUAAGUUUAUAGAGCUUUAUACCUUGAUAUAAGUUUGCAGAUUACUGGAGCUCAUACUUUGACUUUGAUUCAUAAACUAAACUAGUUAGAUUUUUGUGAGGGUUCUUCUGUUAUGCAGAUUACUGAAAGCUUAUCUUCUGGUAUGGUUCCAUAGAUCAUCUGUCUAUCUUUAAUUAUUAAGAAUGUUGGCUAGUGUCUUUGUGUUAGUUGUGGUAUCUUUGUUCUAACAUCAGUUAUGCGGAGGUUUUUGGAGUUCUUAAUCUUUAAUUAAGAGUAUGCUACUUACAUGUUUACUUUUGUAGGGGUGGGAAUAGUUUUCCAAAAUUCUAUUAGAAUGACUCGACAUUUUAUAGAUUUUGCUUCAAUGUAACGAUAGUGUAAUUUCCAUGGCAUUGCCAGAUGAGGUAAAUCUAACAUUAACAAGUCAGGCCAGUUUCAUGUA